AUGGACAUACAGGCCAACAUGGAGCUGGGAGGCCUGGAGCGACGGGUCCUCGAUCUGGAGCGGCAGAUAUCGAUGUACGAGAGGCUGUUCCAGACGUUCAGCGCGAAGCUGGAUCACCACUUUAAGAAGUACGACCUGGUGAUCAAUGCGCAGCAGCAGCAAAUAAACGUGUUGACAGACAUCGUGAGCACGAUGCUGAACGACCAGUAUAGGUAUGCAGGCAUACUUCGAGAUAAGUUACGGGGCUCGCUGGAUGGGAUCGUAACGACGUCGACGUCGAUUCGAGGCAUGCAGCCGAACGGGGGCAUGCCGGAGCAGGAGCCCAAGCCCCACGACGACGACGCGGUGCACGCGGCUCACCGCGCCAACCACCACCACGCAGCCGCAGACGACGGCAACCGCGACCUCACUAACGUCGACGCGAUCCUGGGCGAGUUUAUCCCCCCCCAGGUCUCGCCAGACGAGAACGAAUUGCAUGCCGCGCCGGCCGCGCCCGUGCCGGACGCGCAGACGCCGGCGCCCAAACGCAAUGGCGGAAAGAAGCAUCCGAAGGGCUCGGUCGAACACAAGUUCAUUAUCUCCAACGGGCUCAAGGUCCCGCGCCGUGCCGUGGACCCGCCGGCCAAGCGCCGCCGCGAGGACCCGCAGAAGGAGUACGAGUUCCGCGACGCCGAGUUCUCGGCGCUCGCGUCCGACGGCCACCCGCUGGACGCACAGUCGGCGCCGCCCGCGCCCCAACAUCACGACUACGACCACGACGACCGCGCGCUGCCCCUGCAACGCGCCGACAGGCCCCUUUCCACCGGUGCCUCGCCAGACCCCUCUGCGCCCUCUUCGUCCCGCCUCAACUCCAACAUUAAGGAGGAACAAUACUACACCCACCGCGGUCUGAAGAAAAAGCGCAAGAUCUACGUCGGCAAGUUCGAGUUCCUCAACUCCCCGCAGACCGUCCUGGACAUAUGGAAGGAGUACACCGAGGGCUUCAAUGGCCAGCCCUCGCUCAAGGAUAUGGAGACCAUGUACCAGACCAGCUGGCGCCGCGACCCGGCUGUCAACAAGCGCUUCCAUCGCCGCAAAGUCCUCUGCAAGGCCAUUGAGCGCGGCCUGGAACGCGGCUACGACCUCCAGGACGUUGUGCGCGUGCUGGAGGACAGCAGACUGAUAGACGCUUCCAGGAACCUCAAGCAACCCAUCGGCUGGCUGUGUCAAGGCGUCAACAUUCCGGACUUGUUUAAGUAA